UGUGUGUGUGUGUGUGUGUGUGUGUGUGUGUGUGUGUGUGUGUGUGUCUCUGUCUCUUUUUGUCUCUGACCGGCGGAGCGACAACACCGUUAACCAUGGACGAGAGCAUGUUCAAACCCAGCCUGGAAGCCGCCAUCAAAAAGCUGGAUCCAGAAGAAGGCGAGCACAUCUUAGAGUACAUAACGACGCACGCCAUGUUGACGAGAGAGAAAGCACUGCUGCAGGCGUCAGUCCGAGAUCAGAAGAAGCUGCUGGUUGAAAACGGGAAACUAAAGACAGACAUCGAGCAGCUGAAAGUUCAGCUGAAGGAGAAACAGAGGAGACGCACCGCCAAGGCUCUGUUCUCCCCGGCCCCGCCUCCUACACCUACAGACUCCGCCCCCAGCACACCUGUCAAUCAACCUGCCCCCCCUGCUGGAGCAACAGCUGCUGGUCCUAAAAAUCCUCCUCCUCCGUCCUCGCAUGACAGGAGAGACAGACAGAGCAGGAGGAAGAGAGGGGAGAGGAAAGUGCGUCCGUCCUCUGACGGUCUCUCUCUGGGGGCGGAGCCUAACAUCGACGUGUCCCGGUUGAACCUGCGGGUCGGACGGGUCCUCGGCGUGCGGCGCCACCCGCUGGCCGAGGCCAUGUCCGUCCAGGAGGUGGACGUGGGAGAGGACGCCCCGCGCACCGUCGUCAGCAAGCUGGGAGAGAAAACACCCCUUGAGGAGCUCCAGGGCGGUCUCGCCGUGUUGCUAUGCAACAUCAAGGCCUGUAAAGUGAGGGGCGUGGUCUCCCAGGCCCGCCUCCUCUGUUGCUCCGUCUCGGACGACUGCAGCGAGCUCCUGGCUCCGCCCCCAGGCUCCACCCCUGGAGACAGAGUCACCUGCCUUAACUACCCAGGCGAACCGGACAGAGAGCUGCAGUCCAAGGAGAGGGUCUGGGAGCUGGUUCAGCCCGACCUGCAGGUCGACUCGAAGGGCGUGGCCAACUACAAAGGCUGCGGAUUCGAGGUGAAGGGGAAGGGGCUUUGCAGAGCCCCCUCCCUCACCAACUGCAUUAUCAGAUAGAUGCAACGAAGGGGCGCGAAAACCCCCAACACGCUCUCACUCCCAACUCGUAGAACGCUUGGUCAAGGAAGUUGGUUUGGGGGAUCGGGGGUCAAACAAACACAGGACUUUCACCCAGGAAACAGGUGUUCAUGUCAAACCACAAUCUUUUUUGUUCUAAUCCUAACUAGUCGUUUUGGUGUCUUAAUUAAAGGUGCCAUAGGUAGAAUUGCGAAGAUCCAGGACUUAGCCAAAAAAAUAUGGACAUUGACAACUUCUAAGUCCCUC